AUGUUCCGAGCAAGCUUGUGGUUUGGUUUGCUCUUGGGUAUCUUCUUCUUAUGGGCAGAUGUGGCCCUGGCCGUGAAAGAGAGACCGCUGUCUCUACAAGAAGACACCACAAGCUCAUCCAAGGAAGCGUCGUGGUUUCAUGCGGAGCAGAAUGUUGAGUUGUUGACGAACAUAGCUCGCAGAUUUCACCGAGAGAGUGACCUGGGUACGCAGACCCUGCAUUGCCUUGAUUGCUUUGGUGCCAGCCAAAGGGUAAAGACAUGCUGGGAGAAUGCUGGAUAUUCUGCCUGUGCAUUCGACUUGAAACUGAAUGAGCAACAUGACCUCUCUUUGUUCGGUGGCUGUGUUGAGCUCAUCCGCCUUUUGUUCAUGCUUUUGAUUGGAGGCAUCGUGGUGGCUGGGCCACCAUGCAGUCUCCACAUUGCUGCCAGCCAGUCUGUGCACCAGAGGUUGCGAACAGAUUUGAUCUUGAUAGUUGAACAACCGGCUUCUAGCUGGGCUUUCAAGAUGCACAUUAUGAAGAAGGUGGCCAAAGAGUGGGGAUUGAACGAUUUGAGCGGCGGCAAGCUCGACGACAAGUCAAGAAGGUCUAUUGGAGUAGGACCCAGACUGGGUGGCAAGGAGGGCGGAACCUCAGUGAUUCUGCAGCUUACACUUCAUUAUUUGCACGUGCCCUAUUGCAGUGCUGGUGCAGUGGACCCAUUCGCAGCCUUUGACGAUCAUCUGCGCCGAUUCCCAGAAGAAUUUCAAGGAUGGGAUGAACCGAAUCAAGAUUCAGAUCAGCAUGUCCCAGCGCUGCCCGCUCCAGAACCAGCAGAGGCUGAAGAGGUUGAGGGCAAGGCAGAGGCGCCAGCGCCUUCAAAUGCUGAAGGAGCUAGUGGUGAGACGUCCGCAGCAGGUCCCGAGCCAGAAAAGGCUGAAGAGGUUGAGGGCAAGGCAGAGGCGCCAGCGCCUUCAAAUGCUGAAGGAGCCAGUGGUGAGACGUCCGCAGCAGGUCCAGAGCCAGAAAAGGCUGAAGAGGUUGAGGACAAGGCAGAGGCGCCAGCGCCUUCAAAUGCUGAAGGAGCCAGUGGUGAGACGUCCGCAGCAGGUCCAGAGCCAGAAAAGGCUGAAGAGGUUGAGGACAAGGCAGAGGCGCCAGCGCCUUCAAAUGCUGAAGGAGCCAGUGGUGAGACGUCCGCAGCAGGUCCAGAGCCAGAAAAGGUUGAAGGAGCUGAGGGAAAGGCCCAGACGCCAGUGGCUUCAGAUGCUGAAGGAUACAGUGGUGAGACGUCCGCAGCAGGUCCCGAGCCAGAAAAGGCUGAAGAGGCUGAGGGCAAGGCAGAGGCGCCAGCGCCUUCAAAUGCUGAAGGAGCCAGUGGUGAGACGUCCGCAGCAGGUCCUAAGCCAGAAAAGGCUGAAGAGGUUGAGUACAAGGCAGAGGCGCCAGCGCCUUCAAAUGCUGAAGGAGCCAGUGGUGAGACGUCCGCAGCAGUUCCAGAGCCAGAAAAGGCUGAAGAGGUUGAGGACAAGGCAGAGGCGCCAGCGCCUUCAAAUGCUGAAGGAGCCAGUGGUGAGACGUCCGCAGCAGGUCCAGAGCCAGAAAAGGUUGACGGAGCUGAGGGAAAGGCCCAGACGCCAGUGGCUUCAGAUGCUGAAGGAUACAGUGGUGAGACGUCCGCAGCAGGUCCCGAGCCAGAAAAGGCUGAAGAGGUUGAGGGCAAGGCAGAGGCGCCAGCGCCUUCAAAUGCUGAAGGAUUCUUUGAGGAAGCGCCAGUGCUGGCUCCAGAUGAGGCACAGACGACCGAAGAGAAAGAGGAAAAAGCCUGCAUGGUUUCAGGUGCAGAAGAGUUCAGACUGAUCCUGACCAGCAGCCCGGAGAUGCAGCAGGCCGCCCUGCCUCCAGAGGAUGAUGUCAAUGUCGAUGGGGAUUGGCAGGACGACUCUUCCACCCUGGUGAAGAUAGAGGAGAAGCAUGCAAACGUGAUCAAGAAGAUGGGCGAGGAGUUGGAUGUCUUGGAUCUGAUGGUGAUGUCGAAGUACCUUAACAUGAGCUUCAUGCUUUGCGCAGACAAUCAGAAUCACAACACCCUGAAUCCCACAUCAAUCUUGGAUUACCUCAAAGACUUUGGGGUGGACAUGAGCUCCGAAUUGGCACCAGAAGAUUCUCCAGCGGGUGUGCUGAUUUUGUGCUCUUCAUCGUUUGGAGGACAGGGUAUCAACCACUUUGUCCCUGCUUGGUUUGCAGAAGAGUUAGGAGACGAUGACUUUGAAAAGGUGAGAUAUCGUUCCCUAGCAAGAUAUGAAAAGACAAUGGAACGCUUGAAAAGGGACCAGAAGAGGCAUUCUGCCAAGUUGCGCGUUGAGAAGCAAACGCAUGGUGAUGCUUCUGAUUCUGCAAGCUUGGCGCAACUCACGUUGACCUCUCUUGAGGAUGAAUGGCUGAGGGAGACACAAUGGCGGGAGUUUGAGAUCAAGUGCCACGCAUCGGGCCUCCAUCCUGUAGAUGUCCCUGGCGAUGGCAACUGUUUGCUUUGGAGCAUCAAGUGCUUGUAUGAGAACGACAUUUAUGGCAGCAAAAUCGAUCCAGAGAGCAAAAAGGACAUGGCCGUCAUCAAAGAGUGGAGGAAGCAGACAGUCAAGGCAUGGAAUGAGAGGAAAGGCAUUCCUUGCUGGCAAUUGUUGUACGAGAAGAUGUAUGUCGAUUCUGAUGAGCAGAUGAAAAUUCAUCAGCCCUCCAGUGUGUCCCAAGGUGCCCUUGAACUUGUGAAAGCGGAGGUCGAAGGAUCCAAAGAGCAAGGAUGUGGAAUUCCUCCCAACAAGCAAGGUCAGGAUCUUGGCAACGUUGAUGCUCCAACGUCACAUGGUUCUGAUGGAGCCCAGCAGCCGAAUCCCAAACGGAUUGCACGGGCCCGGGUAGCUCCUGGCUUUGGGGAUUCUGGCAAAGAGAUGGAUGAUGCUAGCAAGUUCUGCCAACCCGGUCCAUCCAAGCCCACUGUCAAGAAGAACGCAUCAAAGACAAAACAACAGAAGAAGCAAUCCAAGUGUUCAAAACAAGACUCAGCUGCCGGGAGCGACGACAUUGAGGACUCACACCAAAAGCAGGAAGGUGAUGACAGUGAGAUUGACAUUGAUGUUGCAGAGAACCUUGCCAAGGACACUGUCCAGGAGAACGGGCCAGCCCAGAAACGGCGUCGUGUCGCCCGAAGAAAGCAGAAAGGUGAUCGAGAGAUUCAGCUGUUAGCCUUGCGAAAGUUUGCUGGGUGCAAAAAGGCUGCGGCCUGCCGACUCGGCUCUUACACUCAGAUGCAGAAUGAGUUAGUGAUGAACACCAAGUCCUGGACUGACUUCUCGUGCAAAGCUUGCCAGUACUUGCUGGAAUCUCAUGGUUUUGAUUCCGACCUUGCUUCGAGGCACACAGCUGCAGCAAUGACUGGGGAAGAUGUUGAAAUAGUAGAUGGUGACAUCAACAUGCCUGACGAUGCGAAGAACAUCUUUGAUGGAAACGAAGAGAAAGGAGAAGCUCAAGAGGAGGAGAACGGUCUCACCUUGGAGCAAUUGGUCAUGUCCAUCUCUCCACAUUUUCAGGUCGUGACGCAGGGAGGGUACAAGCAGCACGUGCCCAUCAGAUGCACCCUUUGCACAUCCAGAAGCCAACCACAUGGGAAGGUUGUGGACGCCGUCUCCAUGCACCCCAAGGAUGUUAGAAAAUUUCUCGGGCAACACUUGCAGACUGAUUGUCACAAUAGAGCAUUGGGUGCACUUGCUGCGAAGAAUGCAGCGCAGGAUGGCGAGCAAACACUUGAAGAGGUACCUUGUGAAGCGGUGAUCCUCAAAUUUGACUUGGAAGCGGAGGGAGCAGCCACCAAACUACAUGCUAUGGUCCAUCAUGUGCAACAGUGGAUGAGUUGGCAAAAGCAGGAUUGCGGCCUCCAGAAGCACAGCUACAAGCUCACCCAGGACUGUGUCGAAAUCCGGCACUCAGAUUGCACGCGCACUGUGGAGGUGGUCAAGGGCGCUCAGAAAAUUUGUGGGCCCUGCAGCAAGCUCACAGACGGUCUGAGCAUCAGACGUAUGAUACACAAGUUUGCUUUGAAGAAGUAUGCUGCAGAGCGGCUCCAUGCUAUGCUCUUCCAUUCCGAUGAGAGGCUGCAGGAAGGAGAAGCCAGGAUGAAAGCUGACCCUAUCUAUGAGUUCUUCAGAACAUCGUUCGACCGCAUCAUGGGCUAUGAUGCGUUGAACCUAAAAAACUGGGUGAGGUCAUCUUUCCUGAGCCUUGAAGAAAGCAGGAGAAGUCAGGCAAUGCAGAGUUUCAUGGAGUCGAUAGUCACGCCCUGUGUCCAGGUCAAUGUGCACGCUGCCCUGGAGGCCAGACCUCAACUCUUGCGAGUCCAAACUGUGUUUGAAACUGCUUUGGAGCAGAGAUCGAUUUCAGACAUGGAGCGCAUCAACCUCGAAAUUGCCAAGUGCAGUGUGGAAGGAAGACUGUCACAGCAUCCUUUGCUUCAAGGUCUCAUCUUGAGCUGCAUCAAGCUGUUGGAAAGAGAAGAGAAAGGACUGGCAAUGACCGGCCGCAAUGCAGCCAACUCAAUCGCUGCCAAUGAUGAGGCCAAGGGCUUGGUGCAAGAAGCAGGUGCCACUCUAGCCAUUCUUGGUUGCAACGCAGAGAUGCUGAAAAGAUUUGGCCGGAGUCGUGCCGUGAAAAGAAGCUUGAAAAACAUGACCGAAUAUGGCUUACCGAGUCCUAUGCUGGCGCUCUCGCAGGAAAGCAAGAUUCGGGAGAACCUGACGCUGAUUGAUGAACGGCUGUCUGCCACCACUGGCAAAUCAGGUAGGCUCAUGGCGUGCUUUGACUGCACAUAUUUGCUGCAGCUGAACAGCCAAUCCUAUGACCGCAAGAAUGAGAAGGUCUCUUUGGUUGGAGGCUCGAGUUCUUGCUUGCUGUUUGAUCCGGGGGCAGAGAAGCAAUUGGCACUUCCUGCAGCAGAAAUGCCAGUCAACAUUGGUGAUGUGGAUGGCAAGUUCAUGACCCAGACUGUGGACCUCUUUAUGGCUACUGCCUUCCCAUACGUGAGGUCGUUGUUCGACUCAAAAUUUUUCCGGGAGUUGAAGUUCCAGCCUCUACCACUUCACAAUUUGCCACGUCUCCCGGUGAUGACACCGAGCUUUCAAGGGCAGCCCUACUAUUGCGUUCCAGGUCAUGCCAAUAAGAACAGCGGGGGCCAAGCCCAAAGUUCUUUGAGAACGAUGCACCUGGGUCGUUUCUGGGUUGACCUUAGUGGGUCACUCCUAUGUGGAAUGCCUGGUUCUGCAUUUGCCAGGGAUGAUCCUCAGAGCGACAGCCUCCAAGCGCUCUUGGCCAACCCCUUCUUCUAUGUCCACACAACCUCGGGCACACUGAGCAUGAUUCCGAUUCCAUGGAUGAACAGGGGAGCAUUGCUAUGGUCCUUGUCAACGGCUUUGGUCUUCAGUCCCAUGCUCCACAAGGGCAUGUCCUUGAAGGCCAGGACUGAGAUUUCGGUUUCGGGCUACAUUCUCCUCGACCUCUGGUACCUGAUGGGGGCGAAACUGGAAGCAUCCCGUGGUGCCUUUGUGGGUUCCAUGACCAUGGCCAGAGAGACUGUCACCAACUUGCAGAACCUGACGCUGAGUUUGGUGUGCAUUGCGACCUCGAAGCCAGUUACGCUCAGCGAGCUGAGCAUUGAGCAGCUCUUUGGUAGGCUCAGACGAAGGCAAAGCAAUGCCCAGCUUUCCCCGAUGCAAUUCUGGGAGGCGUCCCAACGAGAGAUGUUGCGUGCGUCGAACCAGAGAUUCAAGGACUGCGUCAAGCUGAAGGACAUCAAGCAAGAGCCAGCCCUGACUGAGACGGAGUUUCAAGGCUGCUGUCAACGUGCCUACAAUGCAGCGGUGAAGCUUGCAGCAUGGGCAGGGGGCUACACAGAAGCAUCGCUCAAGAGCUACUAUGAGGAAAGCGCCGCUGCAGGGUGGUUUGAUCAAACUUUCGGCCAUGUCAUGGAGUUUGACACUCUUGAUGAUCCUGAUGAUCCUCAUGAAGCUGAAGCCCGGGACAUGUCAGAGACUAAUCGUUUCCAACUUGUCCUGGCAGAAGUGACGAGAAAGGCUUGCGUGCCUGAUCCUGAGCCAGCUUCUCAGAGUGAGAUGAGGGAGGAAGAUUUGGACCUCAAUGCAGAUCUUCGGCGUCUCGAACCAGAAGACAAGGAGGAUGUGUUGCCUAUGAUGCAUGAUAUGCCAAGCAGCAAGAGAUUUGAUGAGGACCUACCAGCAACACUGGGUGUUGCAAUGUCAUGUGGAGGCGACAGGUGGAACGCGCUUUGGAGAUUAUGUUUGCAUUUGCGAUGCGCACCGGAUGGAUGUGACGCCCAAUGGGUCAAGAAUCCUAGAGCGAAGCGCAGUCGCACACUCAAUUGGCAUCAGCGCAAUUGCCAGUUGCUGAAGAUGAAGCAGAUGAAAUCUGUGGAAUCACGUGAUCGGGUGCGAGCUGGAAGGUCUGGGCAUGUCGUGCUCUAUGUGGACGAGCAGCAGACGAUCUGCCUUGGAUUGGUUUUGACGGUUUGGCGCAUCGGCAAGAAGCGCAAGCCGGCACCAAAUCCAUGUCCAGUGAAUGGUUGCUUCUGCUUCCGGGUGGUCGAAGCAACGCAACAAGAGGACUCUUCUGCAUCCUUCGUGGUUUCAGACACCAGCAUUGCCCGGGUUGUUCCCUUGGACGCUCUCAUUGCAGUCCUGGACUGUGAAGAUAGCUUCUUGGAAAGCAAAGUCCAGCCAGGGACAUGGUGCAUCGCAUGUGAUCGCAGUGAAAUCGAUAGCAUCAGAACUUGCAAGUUGCAGGAACACGAGCUCAUCGACCGCUGCUUGCUGACAUUGACUGAGCAGUCCGUGGAAUCGUUCCAACAGGCACGUGAGACCAAAGCUGAGGGGUGGAGAUGCAGCUUCGUGGGGGCAGAGGUUCCUGAGAAGGGCAAUGGCAGGGGCCGCAAGAGGAGGGCUCGUGUGGUCAAGCGGACCAGGCUGGCCAAGGCGAAAGCCGCACCUAAGAAGAAGAGCAAGAAAAACAAGAAGAACAAGAACAAGAAGGACAAAGGAGGCAAGAAGACCAAGAAGCAGAAGGCCGGCGAGGAAGAGAACAAUACGAUUCCUGCCGUUGCCGCCAACUUCACCCGUUCCAAAAAAGGAGACAAACUGAUCCAGCAACAAAUGGUGGCUCUUCUCAAUUUGGACAUCAGCAAGUUUCCAGACAAGCCUGCCUUUGACCCUGCCUCUGGAGCUUGCAGGUUGAAGAUUGAUGCCGCGAAGGGGCAGUCAUGGCAGAAGGUUGUCGACAAGGCAAGCUUUUACUUCCACAGUAUCUACAUGACCAGGAGCAGACCAGAAUACGGCCAGUCGUUGGAAAAGCAUUUCCAGACUCUCGAGAAGAACCUCAAUGAUGGCAACCGAUCGCCGUGGCUGCGCUUGCUGAGGUCCAUUUGUGAGAUGCCGGAUGUGAAAUGA